AAUUUUUACACCCAUUGCAGCAUCAGUCUAGUUUGAGAUGUUGUUUAGUGAAGUGAAGUACUGCUUGUUUUGUAAACCUGAAGGCAUGCAGAGCUGGUGUUAGGAAUAUGUUUUAAACUUGUUUGAAGUACUAAAACAUGUCUGGGUUUAUUGAAAAAGGCGUUUCGAUGGACAUUAGUCCAACAUGCCGUGCCCAGGAUCCCAAGAGCUUGUUAACUCAAGAUACCAACAAGGAAAAUAAUGCAUCUUGUCCCGUUUUAUCCUUGGUUCAUUUUUCAAGAGCUCCAUUUCUGAGUUUUGAAUCAGUAAAAUUGGGUUACACCAAAACCGCAGUAUUGGAGAUUGAAAAUCCUAAUGAUGAUGUGACUGAAGUAACCAUAGACAAAUUCCCAUCGGCCAAAGGAUUUUCUGUGGAGAAAAGAUAUUUCAUACUUCAGCCAGAAGAAAGAACUCUUCUCUCCAUAACAUGGACCCCAUUGGAAGAAGGAGGGAUAAGGGAACUAGUUGUUUUUACUGCAAAUGGCAUUGUUAAACAUCAAGCCAUUUUACUUGGAAGAGCAGAAGCACCAAAAAAGAAGAAAAGAAGCCUAUGGGAGUCCAUUAAAAGAAAGAAGCCUUCAGAGAAAUCUGACUCCUUUAAGGCUAAAAAAAAUGAGGCAGUGCAGCCAAAAGCUGCAAACAAAACCUUCCACGUUUCCCGUAAAGUGGAAUAUACAAAGACAGAGUGGGUACGAGGGCCACUUCAGCCAUGUGCCAAUGUGACAGUGACUGAAGAUAAGACCCCAAAAGACCGGUCGAAGUUUAAAGGAAUAUCCGUAUCGCCAAUUGGUGUUGCGCAACAGCAAACUUAUACUCCGGGUUCCCUCAGAAGGUCCACAACUUAUUCUGUACUGGAUAAACUUGAAAGUGAUGACUCGCUACUAGAGGAGAAACCAAUUGUUCAGACUAUUCUUUACCCCGAUGAGACUGAGAAUAUUGAGUAUACGAGCGAGAACACUUUUUGUGAGUUGACGACUGUAUCUGAGUGUGUGAAAACAAAUAUUGUGAGAAUACUUAAUCGAACACACUCUCCUGUAAGUACUCCUGAUCGUGUCACAGUUCCCCUCACCCCAAGCCAGAAUCGAAUGUUAAGUCCUGAUUCUUUUCUAAACAACAGCUAUGUGCCGAGUGGAGACCAUGAACUUUCAUCAGUGCCUUCUAUAUUGUCACCAGACCAAUUUCUUAAAGAUGCACUGGAAGCCGUUCAACCUUGUGUAACAAAGACAUGCCAGGAGAGUGUGAAAUCUCCUCUUGAAGCAUCAAGUUUAGAGUCUUCAGCUUCUCCAGAUUCAUUAAAUGAAACAGAUGAUGGCACACACUUCCAAUAUACUGCCAGAGCAGUUGACCAUGCUCAUCUGCCAGAAGUGUCCUUUGAAGAUUUGGAGCCUGCUAAGACCAGGUUAACAUUCUUUGUUAAAUCAAAGCCUGAUGAUAUUCAAGUGAAAGAGGAAAAAAAUGAUAUUCAAUCUCCUGAUGAACCUAAGAAUCUACCAAUUAUAUCAGCAACCAUUGUCAAAAGCAAAAGUUACUUUGUGAGGGAAAGUAAACCCGAGCCUGAGAGAGAAACAUCCAGACGACGACUCUUGGAACCAGAAUCUGAAGUGCCUGUCAAAGCAAAUUUAAGUAGACCCAAAGGGGUUGCAUUCCAUAGUCUCCCUGUUGAUUCUGAUGUAAGGCUAGAAGCUCCAACUACAAAACCAGUUCUCCAGAGCAGAAAGAGAAAAGGUGAAGAAUGUCUAGAACAUAAGUGUGAUCAGAAUGACCAACAUUUGGAAGGAAGUAAAAGGAACAGGGCAAUAAGGCCUGAAGUGGAGACAAAGAAACCAACCAACGCAAGAAGAAAUACUACUAGGAGUUUGAGUGGUACAGAGCAGAGGCUUCAGAAAAAGAGACUGGUUUCAUUGGCCUUAAAAUCAUCAGCGAUGCCCUCUGUGAAAACUUCAAAACCAGUGGAGGUUCUGCAGUCACAGCUGAUAUUUUCUAAACCAGCAAAAACAGGGUCUCUGUCCUUAAAAUCAAAUGGCACUGCAUCUUUGAAGAUGGCUAAAUCUGCUGUUGCUGGGGUAGCACAGUCACAGCUGACCUUUAUAAAACCAGUACAAACAGUUAUACCAAGGCACCCUCUACCAUUUGCUGCCAAAAAUAUGUUCUAUGAUGAACGUUGGAUGGAAAAAGAAGAGCAAGGCUUUACUUGGUGGAUAAAUUACAUUCUUACACCGGACGACUUUAAAGUUAACACAGAAGUUUCUAAAGUGAAUGCUGUUUCUCUAGUUUAUGGAGCUGAGAAUCAGAACAGAAUCCAUGUUCCCAAAGCACCAACCAAAGAGGAAAUGUCGUUCAAGAAGUAUACUGCCAAUUGCAGAUUGAAUCGUCUUCGGCGUGCAGCUUGUCGUCUUUUUGCAUCUGAAGACAUGGUAAAGGCCAUUAGACGGUUGGAGCUUGAAAUUGAAGCUCGACGUCUCCUUGUUCGGAAGGACAGGCAUCUCUGGAAAGAUAUUGGUGAACGUCAAAAGGUUUUGAAUUGGCUGUUGUCCUACAACCCCCUAUGGUUAAGGAUAGGACUCGAGACAAUUUUUGGGGAACUUGUUUCCUUGGAGAGCAACAGUGACGUUAUGGGCCUGGCAAUGUUCGUUCUAAGUCGUUUACUGUGGAACCCAGACAUAGCAGCUGAAUAUAGACACCCCAAAGUGCCUCACCUCUAUCGAGACGGUCACGAAGAGGCGUUGUCUCGCUUUACCUUAAAAAAGCUGCUGCUGCUUGUUUGCUUUCUUGACCGAGCAAAACAGUCUAGGAUAAUUGAGCACGACCCCUGCUUGUUUUGCCUGGAUUCUGAGUUUAAGACUACCAAGGACCUUCUGCUGGCUUUUUCAAGGGAUUUUCUAAGUGGUGAGGGGAUUCUGUCCCGCCAUCUCAGCUACAUGGGUUUAGCUGUUUCUCAUGCUCAGACCCCACUGGAUGAAUUCAACUUUGCUGUAAGAAAUCUUGCUACUGACCUGCGAUGUGGUGUCCGCCUUGUGAGAAUUAUGGAGCUGUUCACACAGAACUGGAGUCUGUCAAGUAAACUAAGGGUUCCUGCCAUUAGUCGCCUUCAAAAGAUGCAUAAUGUUGAGGUUGCACUACAAGUCCUUAGCGCGAGAGGGGUGAAACUAAACGAUGAGCAUGGUUCAAAAAUCGACUCCAGAGAUAUUGUGGAUGGGCACAGAGAGAAAACUCUAACACUGCUGUGGAGAAUCAUUUUUACCUUUCAGAUUGAGAUCUUACUUGAUGAAGUGCAGUUGAGAGAGGAAAUUUCUUUCCUUAAACGGGCAUGGACAACACAUCAGAAGCUUGCAUCUCUACGGUCCAAUGGGGUUCCAAUUGACAAGAAAAAAGACUGCAGUGUAGAUUUAGACUACAGCACAAAAGUGAAACUCCUGAUGGAUUGGGUGAAUGCUGUAUGUGCAUUCCACAACAUUAAAGUUGAAAACUUCACUGUGUCUUUCUCAGAUGGGCGUGUUCUUUGCUACCUUAUCCAUCAUUACCACCCUUGCUAUUUAGCAUUGGAUUCCAUUGGCCAGAAUACAACACAGACGGUAGAGUGUGGUCAGCGUGGUACAGUUGGGCUCAAUUCUUCAGCGAGUGAUUCUGAUGACAGCUCAUUGGACAUUUGGACAGGAUCAACAAACAGUACAAUUACACCACCAGUGCUUUUCAAAGAGCUGUUGGAGAGUGAGAAGCGCAAUUUCCAGUUGGUGAACACUGCCGUUGCUAACCUUGGGGGAGUACCAGCCAUGAUCAGCCAUUUAGACAUGUCCAAUACUAUUCCAAGUGAAAAGGUGGUUACUUGUUAUCUAUCUUUCCUGUGUGCUCGACUUCUGGAUCUAAGAAAAGAAGCAAGAGCUGCCAGGGUGAUCCAAGCCACUUGGCGAAAAUACAAACUGAAAAAGGAGCUUCGACAUUAUGAGGAGAGAACCCGAGCUGCUUGUAUCAUUCAAUCAGCAGCUGUUAAGUUUCUCUGGUGCCGCAGACAGGAGAAGAAAGCCAUUGCUGCAGUCAUCAUCCAGGUAGCAUGGAGAGACCAUGUAGCAAGGAAAAAAGCUAGAGAGAGAGAACUGGAACAACUUUAUAUUCUUCAGAAUGCUGCAGCAACAGUUAUUCAGGCCUACUGGAAGAGAUACUCUGCAUCGAAACACUUCCAGGAGCUACGAUACUAUACUGUUGUUCUGCAAACCCGGAUAAGGACAAAGAUUGCACUGGCUGCAUAUAAAAAGAUUCUUUGUGGAGUGGUAUCGAUACAGAAACGUUUCAGGGCCUGCCUCUUGGCUAGAAAAGAACGUCAAAAGUAUUUAACACUGAGGACAUCGGCUACAGUAAUCCAAAGGGCAUUUAGAAGAUGGAAGAACCGCACAUUGAAAAGGCAAAAUAGUGCUGCUGCAGUAAUACAAAAUGCAUUCCGCAAAUGGCAGGUACAAAGACUUGCUAGAAGAAAUGAAGCUGCUGUCAAGAUACAGUCCUGGUACCGCAUGUAUAGAUUCCAAAAACAGUAUUUUGAUGUCCAGCAAAAAGUUAUCAAAAUACAGGCAUGGUUUAAGAGCUGCCUGGCUAGGCAGUUGUUUCAGAAAAGGAAAGAGGCUGUUUUAACCAUCCAGAAACAUUUUACAGCUUACAGAUUAGGUCACGCUGAACGGCAAAAGUACUUGCUUGCUCGCAAAGCAGCAACAGUUAUUCAGUCCUAUUACAGAGGUAUGAAAGGACGCGAGUUUGUCAGGCAAAUUAAAGCGGUUUGCCUCUUUGAAACCCUUUGGCAAAUGAAAAGGGAAAGGGUUAAGUUUUUACAUAAGAGACAAAGUGCUGUAAUUUUGCAGUCUCACGUAAGAAGGUGGCAGGCACAGAUGAGUUACCAGAAAAUGAGAAAAUCUAUCUCUUUAAUCCAGGCUUGCUACAGAGCAUAUCUUUUUAAAAAGAAGAUGCAGAACGAAUACAAAAUAAUCCGAUCUGCAGCCAUUGUUCUACAAUCUGCAUACAGAGGAAUGCAAGCUAGAAAGAAGGCACACAUCCUAAGGUCUGUGAUAAAAAUGCAGGCCUACUAUCGUGCUUAUGCUGCCCAAAAGGAAUUUAGAAAGAUGAAAGAGGCUACCAUUAAAAUUCAAGCUUAUGUGAAAAUGGUGCAAACUCGCCGCCAUUACUUUAACCUUAAAAAGGCAGUACAUGAUGUUCAAAGAAUGUAUAGAGCUAAUAAACUCUGCCUCCUACAGAAGAUGGAAUACAGAAAGAAGAGGGAAGCCUGUGUUUGCCUACAGGCGGCUGCCAGAGGGUAUUUGAAGAGAAGACAGAUACAGACUUGGAAAAUGGCUGCAAUUAAAAUUCAGUCUACCUUUAGAAUGCACAAGGAAAGAAGUCGCUUUCUUGAAAUACACAGCGCUGCUCUUGUUGUUCAGAAACAUUAUAGAGCACACAAAGAAUCCAGCAUAUGCCAAAGCAUGUUCUUGAAGCUAAAAGCAGCAACUGUGUGUUUACAGGCAUCCUACAGGGGAUGUAGACUGCGUAAAAUCAUUCGGCUUCAACAUAAAUCUGCAACUAAAAUACAGGCGGCUUUCAGAGCUCAUGCUAUGAGAACGAAGUUUCUACAAACCAGACAUGCUUCAGUUGUAAUUCAGAGACAAUACAGGGCCUUCAAAGCUGGACAGAAUCAGAGAAUGCAGUAUAUGAAGAUUAAAUUAGCUGCUGCUACUCUACAAGCAGCCUAUCGUGGGCAUGUGGUACGCAAAGAGGUACAAAAGCAACACAGAGCUGCAGUGGCCAUUCAGACAGCUUUUAGAAUGUACAGAGCUCAGAAAAACUUCCAUGCUUUAAAGAAUGCAGUUUUAAUUGUUCAGCAGCAUUACAAAGCUAAACUUGUUGGUGGAAAACAACGACAGAAAUAUCUUGUUUUUUGUGAUUCGGUAGUGAAGCUUCAGGCUGCUUGGAAAGGAAAAAGUGUAAGAAUGGAGAUAAAAAAACAGCAUACAUCUGCAACAAUUAUCCAAUCUUGCUACAAAACACAUGUGAUGCAAACAAAGUUCAAAUCAAUUAGGCUGGCAGCUUUAGUAAUACAGAGACAAUACAGGGCUUACAGUUUGGUGAAGAUGCAACGUUCUCGGUACCAGCAGACCAGAAAAGCUGCAGUUGCCUUGCAGGCAGGUUUCCGUGGGAUGAGGGUCAGGAGACUGCUGCAAGAACAUCACAAGGCAGCUUGCACAAUUCAAACCGCAUUCAAAGCUUUUAUGUGCAACAAAAGACUUGCAUCGCUUAAAACUGCUGCAGUUGUUUUCCAGAGAAGAUAUCGGGCCUUUGUAGUCGGCAGAUCUCUGCGUCAAGAAUAUAUUGAACUUCGCCAAGCUGCAAUUAAGAUCCAAGCAGUUUAUAGAGGUGUCAAAAUAAGAAAGGACCUCAAGAACAUGCACCAGGCUGCCAUUGUGAUUCAAGCACAUUUUAGGAUGCACAAAGUACGACUUCCUUACUGUGCUAUGAGACUGGCUGCAACCAUAAUACAACAUCAGUUCAGAGCUUGUAUGAAAGGGAAACAGGAACGUGAAAAAUAUUUGGUAAUAAGAAAAUCUGCUAUUACCAUUCAGUCAGCUUUCAAAGGCAUGAAAGUUCGCCACCAGCUAAGAACCAUGCACAAAGCUGCAACACUGAUUCAAGCAUGUUAUCGAAAGCACAAACAUCAUGUGCAUUUCAAAAAGCUUUGCUGGGCUGCAGCAGUGGUGCAACAAAGGUACAGAGCAACCAAACUAAUGAAUGAUGAAGUCAAGAGAUACAACACAAUGAAAAAUGCUGCAGUUUCCAUUCAGUCUGCUUUCCGUGGCAUGAAGAUAAGAAAGCAACUGAAAGAAAUGAAGAAUGCUGCCAGACUAAUUCAGAGGAGGUAUAAAGCCUUUAGAGCUCGCCAGCAGUAUCUUUCUUUGAAGGCAGCUGCUGUAGUCGUUCAGCAGAGGUACAGGGCCCAUACGUCAGCAAGGCUUCAGCAGGAGCAAUACUGCAGUGUGCGGGCUGCAGCUAUUUCUUUACAGGCAGCAUACAAAGGCAUGGUAGUAAGGAAAGAAAUUGUGAAAAGGCAUCAGGCUGCCACUGUGAUUCAGGCAGCAUUCAGAAUGCAUAGAGUGAUGAUACCAUUCCAAGCAAUGAGACUAGCAGCAGUCCUCAUACAGAGGCAGUACCGGGCAUACAUACAGGGUAGAAAUGAAAGGGUGCUCUUUUUGAAAUAUCGGAACAGUGCCACUUUAAUACAGGCAGCUUACAGAGGAAUGAGGCUUAGACAACAGUUACGAGAUGAGCACAAAGCUGCAGCAAUAAUACAAGCCCAAUUCAGAAUGUACCAGCAGAAUUCUUACUACAAGAAGCUUCAGUGGGCCAGUAAGGUUGUGCAGCAAAGAUACAGAGCCUGUAAAGAGAGAGAUGCUGAGGUACAGAUUUACAAGUCCAAGAAACAAGCUGCAGUGGUUGUUCAGUCUGCUUUCCGUGGCAUGAAGUCCAGGCAAUAUGUGAAAGACAUGCAUAAAGCUGCCACCGCUAUUCAAAGGAAAUUCAAAGCCCAUAGUGCACGUAAAUGGUAUCUUUCUCUUAAAGCUGCAGCUGUUGUAAUUCAGCAGAAAUAUCGGGCCUUGAUUGUUGAAAGACAGCUGAGAGAAGAAUAUAGUUCUCUGUGUUGUGCAGCCAUUACCAUACAGGCUGUGUAUAGAGGUUUAAGAACAAGGAAGCAUAUCCAGCAAAUGCAUCAUGCAGCUACAGUGAUCCAGGCAGCAUACCGAAUGCAUAGAGUACAGCUUAAAUUCCAGGCAAUGAGGCUGUCUGCAGUCAUUAUUCAGCUGUAUUACAUGUCUUGUCGUCAAGGCAAAAAAGACAGGGAAAAGUAUUUGCAAUUAAGAAAGUCUGCUUUGACAAUUCAAUCGGCAUUCAGGGGAAAGAAGGUUCGACAGAAUUUAGCUAAAAUGCAUAAAGCGGCAACCAUCAUACAGGCCUGUUAUCGAAUGCACAGACAAAAGAGUGAUUUCAAGAGGUUAAGCUGGGCGGCCAAAGUUUUCCAGCAAAGAUACAGAGCUCUAAGAACGAGAGAUGCUGAAGUACAACGGUAUAACAAAAUUAGGAAAGCGGUGUCUUGCAUUCAAGCUGCAUUCCGUGCUAAACGAGAAAGAGAGCUGACUAACAGAAAGAGAGCUGCUCAACGUGUUCAGUCUUUUUUGAAGAUGUGUGUUCAGAGACGCCAAUUCCUGCAGCAAAAAGCAGCUGCAGUAGUCCUUCAGUCUGCAUUCAGGGGCUAUAGAACAAGGGUCUGUUACAGAGCAAUGCGGCUUUCAGCAGUUGUGAUCCAGCGGUGGUACAGAGCCUACAAAGUUGUUCAAAAACAGAAAGCAGAAUACCAGGCAAUAAAGCAAGCUGCAGUAACUGUGCAGUCGGCUUUCAGAGGAAUGACUGCAAGAACACUGGCAAAGCAAAAGCGUGCUGCAAUCAAGAUUCAGUCUGUCCUUCACAUGGCUGUCCACAGGAGGAAGUACAUAAAACUCUGGUCAGCUGCAGUAACUUUGCAGGCUCAUUACAGGGCAGUGGUAACUAAAAGAAAGUACACCAGUUACAAAACUGCAAUCCUGACAUUGCAGAAGCAUUACAGAGCCCAUCAGGCUAAGAAACUCCAGAGAUCUGCCUACUUGAAGACACUGAGAAGUAUCCACUUACUUCAAGCAACAAUCCGGGGAUAUAUUGCACGCAAAAGAAUACAGAUGCUGAAGAAGAGUGUCGUGAAAAUUCAGGCCUUUUAUCGUGGACAUGCCGAGAGGAGAAAGUUCCUUCAUUAUAAAUAUUCUGCAACAAUAAUACAGAAACAUUACAGGGCAUAUUUACUACAGAAAGCAGAAAGGGAAAUGUAUCUGAAGGUGAAGACUUCUGCAACAGUUUUACAGGCAAUGCUCAGAGGCUACAUAGCAAGACGACUUGCUAAAAAAAUGAGAGCAGCACAGAAAAUACAAGCCUGGUACAAAGGCUGCAUAACCCGCAGAGAGUAUAGAAAAACACAGAAGGCUAUUGCAGCAGUUCGUGGUUGUGUUCAAACAAGAAUAAUAAGAAACAGAUUUCUGAUGCUCUGUCGCAGUGUAGGCAUAAUUCAGAGAAGGUGGAGAGAAACUAUUGAAACAAGGAAAACUCACCAAGAAUUCAUAAAGAUCAGGUCAUCUGCUGUUAAAAUCCAGGCUGCUUGGAGAGGAUACAGCACAAGGAAACAGCAUGAUAAGGAACAAAAAGCUGCCUGUCUAAUCCAGGCACUGUACAGGGGAUUUGUACAGCGGCAGAAUUUUCAACAACAACGAAAUGCUGCACUGACCUUGCAGAAGUAUGUGCGUGCAUGGCAGACAGGAAAAACUGAACGUUUGAAGUUUGAGAGAAUAAAAAACGCUAGUGUCUCUCUCCAAGCAUACUGUCGUGGCUGGCUGGUCAGAAAAAGGAUUACUGAGGAGACACAAGCCAAACAAAGACUACGCUUCACAGCAGCUGCUUAUCACCAUGUGUGUGCUAUGAAGAUUCAAAGAAUGUUCAGAUCUCAUUUGGCACUGAAACGUGGAAGGCAGCAAAUGCAUUCUGUGAUUUGCAUACAGAGAUGGAUAACAUCUAAAUUACAGCGUAAAAAAUACCUCAAGGACAGAGAAAAAAUCAUAAAGGUUCAGCGAGUUUUGAGAGCUUGGUUAAAUCGCCGCUUCAGGGCUGCCACGGUUAUUCAGCGAGCCGUGCAAAAAUACCUGUGCAGGAGACGCCAGCAGAGGGUACAGCAUGGGGUUGUCAAGAUUCAGGCACUAUGGAGAGGAUUUUGUUCACGAAAGAGAGAUGCCCCAAAAGUGGUAGCUAUAAGGCGCCGUGUUGAAAAGGCCAACAAAGAAAGCAAAGAAGAAAACAAGCUUGGUAACAAAACUGCCACUGCUAUUGACUAUCUUCUGAGAUACAAGGAUCUGUCCUACAUUAUUGCAGCUCUGAAACAUUUAGAAGCAGCAACCAGACUUUCAUCUGUGUGUUGUGAAAACCUUGCUGAGAGUGGAGCAAUUUCAACGAUAUUCAUUUUAAUCCGAAGCUGCAAUCGUAGUGUACCUUGCAUGGAAGUAAUUGCAUACGCAAUUCAAGUCCUUCUGAAUCUGUCAAAGUAUGAAAAAACCAUUGGGGCAGUUUAUGAAGUGGAACAUUCCAUUGACACACUGCUAGACCUGUUGCAAAUCUAUAGAGAAAAAGCCGGGGAUAAAGUUGCAGACAAAGGAGGAAGCAUUUUUACAAAGACUUGUUUCUUAUUAACCAUUUUGCUGCAAGAUGAAAGGAACGCUUUGGCAAUUCGCAAGCUACCAAAAGCUGCAGAUCGCAUUUGCAGCAUUUAUAAGCUCACAGCCCGAAAACACAAGAUGGAUGCAAAACUAACAAGACAGAAGAUGAAUAAGUCCCUUAAUGGUAGCUUCUUUGCCCAAGCAACUCCUGUAAAAACAAGAGUAGUACAAAAAAUCGCACCAGAUUGGGUCUUAAGAAAAGACAGCAUGAAAGAGGUGGUGGAUCCUCUCCGGGCCAUUCAAAUGGUUGCUGACGCACUUGCUAUUUGCCCUUAACUCUCUAAAAAUGUCCACUGUCUUUAUCCUGAAAUGAAUGAUUUAGCUUAUUUUAUUAGUCAGCUGGUUUGAGUGGUGUACAGGUCUGCAUUGUUGUGUUGAACUAAAAUAUAUAGGUAGAAAAGUUUUUAAAACAACCCAUUUUAAAUUUAAAAUGUACUUGGUAAAAAAUGUUUUUUAAAAAUGUAAAUACUUUUUUCAAAAAUAAAUUUGUACUUUUCUGGUAACUCAUUUUAUUUUCAAUGCAGUGCACACAACUUGAUGGAAUGCUGUACACAAAGUUGACAUCAAUCAAGGGCAAGGGUGCUGGAUUUAAACCAGUGUUUCAUUUAUGGCAUUUCUAAAAUGAUUUACUAUAAACUAAACUGCACUUACUAUUCAAACAGAAGUUGCUUGAAACAUUGGUUUUCGAAGUUGUUGAUUUGGGCCAUAGCAGUUUUAUGAGUAACUAAAUCAUGUAUGUUCUUUGAUUGGUAAAAAUUAGGUGUAGCGGGCAGUAAUUUUUUUUCAGAACUUGAUUUUAAUUUAUAUUUGUCAGUGUGAU